CCGCUCCCAUCCGUCUCCUCUGAAAACCCUAGCUUGCCAACAUCGUUUCCUCCUUCCCUCCGCCUCCUUCGACUCUUCUUCACCCUCCCUUCCCCUCUCACUCGCGAACUCACGAGAUUACCAAAUAGACGAGGGAGAAGGAGAUGGCGAAGAAGAAGGAGAAGGCGGUGAACGUGUCGGGCAAGCCGCGGCACUCGAACGACGUCAACCGCCCCAAUGACAAGAAGGGCGCGGGCGGCGGCGCCGGCGGCGGGAGCCGGUCCGCGGCCACCGUGCGGCGGCUCAAGAUGUACAAGACGCGGCCCAAGAGGGACCGCGCCGGGAAGGUGCUCAGGAACGACUUCCAGUCUAAAGAGCUCCCCAACACCCGCAUCGUGCCCGACCGCCGGUGGUUCGGCAAUACCCGCGUUGUGGGCCAGCAACAGCUUGCUUUUUUUCGGGAGGAACUCACGAGUCAGCUUUCCGACAACUUCAGUGUCAUCCUGAAAGAACGGAAGCUGCCACUAUCGCUCCUGCAAGAUCAUCAAAAGCAAGCAAGGGCACAUCUUCUUGAUGUUGAACCUUUUGAGCAUGCUUUUGGGCCAAAGGGCAAGAGGAAACGCCCGAAACUAACUGCUCUUGACUAUGAAUCUUUGCUGAAGAAGGCUGAUGAUUCCCAAGAUGCAUUUGAGCAAAAGUAUGCUUCAUCAAAGUUGCCAAGGGAGGAAGAAGAAGAUGGCUUACGGGAUCUAGUGAGGCAUACGAUGUUUGAGAAGGGACAGAGCAAAAGAAUCUGGGGUGAACUAUACAAAGUUAUUGACUCUUCGGACGUUGUUGUGCAGGUGUUGGAUGCCAGGGAUCCAAUGGGCACUCGAUGCUACCAUCUAGAGAAACAUCUAAGAGAGAAUUGCAAACAUAAACACUUGGUUUUCUUACUAAAUAAGUGUGAUCUAAUUCCUGCUUGGGCUACAAAAGGAUGGUUAAGGACCCUUUCCAAGGACUAUCCCACCCUAGCAUUCCAUGCAAGCAUCAACAAGUCAUUUGGCAAAGGAUCUCUUCUGUCAGUAUUGAGGCAGUUUGCUCGUUUGAAGAAUGACAAACAAGCUAUUUCUGUCGGGUUUGUUGGGUACCCCAAUGUUGGAAAGUCAUCAGUUAUUAACACACUACGGUCGAAGAGUGUCUGCAAGGUUGCUCCAAUUCCUGGGGAGACAAAAGUGUGGCAGUACAUCACUCUCACUAAAAAGAUCUUUUUGAUUGAUUGUCCUGGUGUUGUAUAUCAGAAUAAUGAUUCAGAAACUGAUAUAGUUCUGAAGGGUGUGGUGCGAGUGACAAAUUUGGAGGAUGCUGCUGAGCACAUUGGUGAAGUUCUUAGGCGUGUUAAAAAGGAGCAUCUUCAAAGAGCGUACAAAAUUCAAGAAUGGUCUGAUGAUAACGAUUUUCUAGUACAGCUGUGCAGGACCACUGGAAAACUUCUCAAGGGUGGGGAGCCUGAUCUAACAACAGCAGCCAAGAUGGUACUUCAUGACUGGCAGAGGGGUAAAAUUCCCUUUUUUGUACCCCCUCCACAGCAAAGUGAGGAUGGUGCAUCUGAAAGUGCUGAACCUGUUGGGAAAACCGAAGAGGACGGAGUAAGCAGCGACAGGACUGCUGCUGCCAUGAAAGCCAUUGCAGGAAUAAUUUCGUCACAGCAGAACAUGAAUGUACCCUGCCACAAGGAACACAAUGCAGACAACGAAGACACUGCGAGUGAAGAUAACGAAGACAUUGAGAGUGCAGACAACGAUGAGCAUGCAGAGCAAUCUGAGUAAUCUUUGGGUACAGAUGUGGAUUAGAGCUAAUAUGUCCAUGAUAAUGAGUUUGUCAGCCCAGGUAUUGUGUACCUACUUUUACCGGUGUGCCAGGAAAAGAAAGUUUCAUGUUGAUUUGAGGAGCAACUGGGUUCUUUUUUGUAACUGUCGUACCUGAAUCUUUGUAAUAGGGUAGAGCAGUUUUGCUAGGUAACUGGUUGUAUCAGGAUGUUUAUCUGUACUGUCUACUACAAAUACAGUCACAAAAAUUUCACUUAAAGUCAAGUUGUCCCUAAUUUUUGUAACGCUGCA